AUGACGAUCCGAAGCGUCUUCUUGGCGACCCUUGUCGGAGUUGCCCAGCUCACGCGGCAAACACUUGGCCAAUCAACUAUUUCUUCUCAACCUGUCAAUGUUCCAACUGGAACACCCAUCGUUGGCGAUUACAAUGGUGCUUAUCGCCCUCAAUUGCACUACUCUCCUCCUCAACAUUUCAUGAACGACCCCAAUGGCAUGUUCCGAGGCGCCGAUGGCGUUUGGCAUUUGUAUUACCAGUACAAUCCUACGGGCGUUGUUGCGGGUAACCAGCAUUGGGGACACGCGACGUCCAAAGACUUGUACCAUUGGUCAAAUCAGCCCAUAGCUCUCUUCCCCCCCGAAAAGGAUGUCUUUAUGUACUCUGGAAGUGCUGUUGUUGAUGUAAACAAUACAUCGGGCUUCUUCCCAGGCCAAGACAAUGGUGUGGUCGCAAUCUAUACUCAGGGCAUUGCUUAUUCUCGAGAUGGAGGGUACACCUUCACCCCGUAUGCAAACAAUCCCGUCAUCAAUAGUACAUCGGCCCAGUUCCGCGAUCCCAAAGUCAUCCGUUACAACGACUCGUGGGUCAUGGUGGUUGCCUAUCCACAUGACUUUGCCAUCGGUAUUUUCACGUCUCCCAACCUGAAAGAUUGGACAGCUACUAGCAACUUCUCCCAUCAUGGUCUUCUUGGUCUGCAGUAUGAGUGUCCGAACCUGAUUUCUAUGCCUUACAUGGAUACAGAGGGCAAGAGGCAGGACGACAUGUGGCUUAUGGCCAUCAGCAUCAACCCAGGUGCGCCUCUAGGAGGCUCUAUAACGGAGUACUAUCCUGGUACAUUUAAUGGCACUCACUUUGAGGCUGUGGACGCGGCUGCGAGAAUUGCAGAUUUUGGAAAAGAUAAUUAUGCUGGACAAUGGUUCUACGGCCUUCCGGCUGAGGAAUUCCCGGUGUCAAUCGCAUGGGCAUCCAACUGGCAGUAUGCUCAAACUGUCCCGACUGACAGAGAGGGCUGGCGAAGCAUCAUGAGUCUUCCGCGUCAGAAUUAUCUGACUAAGGCGAAGCGUGUGGGAUGGAAACUAGUCUCGGCCCCCUACAACUUGGAGCCCGUGCUGGGUCGUGAACUCGCUUCCAACCAGAGCAUGGGUAACGGGACACUAGUCGUUGACUAUGCCGAUGUGGAAUCCAACGCUAUUUACUGGGAGGUUAAUGUGACAGGCAUUCCAGAGAAAGAUAUCUCGGCAACUGCUUCCUUGAACUUUACGUUCUCGAGCCCUGCUACUGGCGAGUACAUCAACGGCGGAUACUUCUUCGGCGGGGAUCCGGUAUUUUUUGUCAACCGCAACGGCGCCCGGGGCUUCGAGAAUAUUUUCUUCACGGAGAGAACAUCUAUUAGCAGUUUGACAACAGAACAGAACACGUGGGGUCUCAGUGGAGUGAUUGAUAGGUCGAUCUUGGAGGUCUUCAUCAAUGGUGGCAUCGAUAGCGCGACCAACACGUUCUUUACGACUGAGCCAUUGUCGCGCUUUGUGUUGAGUACAAUGGAUCUAUCUAACAGUAUGAGAGUGAGCGUCAAGGUAAAUGGGUUAGAAAGCGCAUGGAAAUAG